AGAGCAACAAUGGUUAGCUAUAACAUAGAUAGUUUUAAGAUCGAAGUUUUGGGUACAGGAGGCGAAAUUACUCCUUCUUUCGUAUUGGUUUCGACCUCUGCUUCAUAUUUAUUUAACUGUGGGGAAGGAAUGCAAAGAUUUUUAUCUGAAAGUGAUAAAAAAUUUAUGAAUAUUAAAGCAAUAUUUCUUAAUUCGCUCAACUGGGAUUCCGUGGGGGGAAUUCCUGGCCUUUUUUUAACUUUUAGCCAGACUUGCGCACAGCUUACCACUGAAAAAAAUUUUGAUGUACUUGGCCCACCCGGUUUAAGUAGGUGGUUUUACUCGUCUAGAUACUAUAUGGAACGAGAAGUCGUUCAUCUAAAUGUUACGGAGUUUGGAGAAUCACUCUCGCCUCCUAAACAACUUUCUUUAGACAGCGCUCACGAUUUAGUUACGCCCCAUGAGCAAUUGGGAUUCUACAAAGAUGAAAACAUUACAGUUGUCCCUCUUAUCCUCGCGCCUCUUUCCAAUACUCUUAAUGAAAAUAUUGUAUAUACUACGCCGCUAGAAGAGAGGAGAAUGCAUUUAUCUCAUCUCCUUGACCCAACUCGAUCGUCACUGCAAGAGGCCGCUGUGCUACCCAAUGCAGCGCGAAGGCAGUGUCAUAGUUUUGAAAAGCGAGUUUCUAAGAUCUUCUCACCGAGCACAGUUGUCCCUUUUAACGGCUCGCUUCCUUCGCUCUGCUACAUUGUAAAGACCAAAUCCCAUCGCGGAAAUCUAGACAACAGCAAGGCAGAUGCACUCUCUAUCCCUCGCGGCGUUUGUAGGGGGCGUCUUGCUAACGGUGAUUCCAUCACACUAGCAAAUGGCACUGUCGUAACUCCUGAUCAGUGCGUGUCUCCCGGGCAUCCAGGCCACGUUUUUCUUGUUAUUGAUUGCCCCACAAAAGCGCAUCUCGAGGAGUUAGUAAAGAAAAAAAACUUUCUGCAUUUAAACACGUUUGUUGAUAGAAAUUAUUUUGAAGGCAGCCUUGAGACGGGAGGCCCGGUUGAGUGUAUUAUUCAUUUAAGCCCGAGGGGAAUUAUUUUAGACUCCCGUUACGUUGAGAUCAUGCAGCGGCUGACAGACACGCCCGGUAGAGGCCAGCACAUAUUUAUUAACGAAACUUUCUGUGAUGAUCGGAUUAUUUUUAACAAAUUACUGCGCAUUCAGUGCAAACUUUCUGUUCUGGACGAGAGCGUGUAUAAAAUUCCCCUACGAGACGGGAUUGUCUCUGUUGAAAAUUCUCUUGAUGCAGUAAAGAAACUUUAUGGAAAUUGGGAUUGUUGCAUCGGCGAGCCUUUGCUUUCCUUUACUUUAGUUCCUGUGCGCCGAAAAGGCCUUCAAAAAAGCGCCAUCCCUAAACCCGUCGAUGUUCAAAAGGAAAAAGAUUCCGCACGUGAUGCACUGGGCUUGACUGAUUCUUCAGUGUCGUCUAUGGACUCUUCGCCUAAAGAUUCUGUGGUAGCUGUAGCAUUAGGCACAGGCUCUUCUUUGCCAGGAAAAUUAAGAAAUGUCAGCUGCUAUGUGCUUGAAAUUAUGGGUGAUCUUUUGAUUCUCGACUGCGGAGAGGGCUCGUACGGGCAAAUGCUACGCCACUAUGGCUCCGCGAGGCUACCGCAGAUGCUGCGAUCUGUGCAAUGUUGUUAUGUUUCGCACAUGCACGCUGACCAUCACCUGGGUCUGUUAAGAAUUUUGAUCGAAAAAAAAAAGGCUCACGUCAGCCAGUCCGAUUGCGGUUGUCUUUCGCCUGCCGUGCAAGUGGUCGGCCCGAAAGCACUGCACGUUUAUUUAGACGAGAUGAAGCAUUUUUACGAUUUUGAUUUCGUGUUUAGUCCCAAUUUUGAAUCUUGCGAAGUAGUGGAGCUCACUCCUCUCGGCUUGCCCCAUCUGAAUUUUCUUUGUGUUCCUGUUGUGCAUUCUUCUAAAGCAACUGGAUGUGUAGUGUCGCACAAAAGCGGAUGGAAAAUAGUUUAUUCCGGAGACACGCGCCCCUGCCACUCCUUGGUUGUGAAUGGAAAAAAUGCUGAUCUCUUGAUCCACGAAGCAACUUUUUUGCCUGAGCUUGUGGAAGAUGCCAAGGAGAAAAAGCACAGCACUACUUUGGAGGCAGUAAAGGUUGGACAAGAUAUGCACGCUAAAGUAGUUAUGCUCAGCCAUUUUAGCCAACGAAUCAAAAAUUUAAUAGAUCUCAGGGAUUUUCCAGCCAACGUGUUUGUCGCAUUCGAUAAUAUGCGAUUUGAUCUUGCUCAGGCGCAGCGCUUGCCCUCGUAUAGGGCCUCCCUCUGCCGUUUGUUUUCGGAUGAAUAGAAAAUUAAU